UCCUCGAGAAUGUUUAGAUGCAGAUGGUAGUUUACUGACAAACAUUAUAUCCCUGCUGGUAAUAAAUAUAUAGCAACCAACACAGAAAUCCUAAUGGUUUCCACUAUAAACACCAGUAUAAACCAUUACACACACACACACACAAAAAUAAUUGCUUGGUAAAACCGUAUCUGGAUGCUUAGUAUGGUCCUAAAGGUCCCUACUGAUGUCCUGGAAAAUAAAUAAAUAAAAAAGAAAACAUUCAAACACCACUUUAAAUAAAUGAUAUGGGAUCUGUUUUUGUAGUUGUCAGUGUUUGAGACAAGGCAGGCCAUCAGCAGCACUGAAGAUGAAACCGGCUUCAGGAUGACUAAGAAAAUCAUCUGAGAUGUGGGAUUUGUAGAUAACAUCUUAGUCUUGCUAACAGAGUUCAGGUUUAUGCAAGUCGGCAAUGACCUAGCACUUUUUGGAGUUGCUACCUUUAUCUCCGACGGUGUAAAAAGCUCCGCCUGUCUCAGACAUUCUGAAGUGGAAGAGCACCAUGUUUUGUGUGUUUGUUUUAAACAUUAUGUAACCACCAACAUGCUCAGAAUUCACCCUUGAUAAAGGAGUAAACUGCAGAGAUGGACAGAAAAGUGAAACCGCUUAAAGGAAAACAGCCAAAAUGCACCAAAAUCCAGUUUGUGAAAGGGCCGUUCCUUUCCCUGGAAAUGAAAGUGAUUUUAUUGCAGGUAAACUACAAAAAGUAAUCCCCAGUUUUACUCAUUAAAGAAAAAUGUCUAUUCUAACAACGGUAAAAGUCAGGACACCCCACCCCCUAAUAGCUAGUGUGACCCCCUUUUGCUGAAAUAACUUCAGUGAGACUUUUCUUUUAGCCAUCUACCAGUCUCUGACAUCAGUCUGAGGGAAGUUUGCCCCACUCCUGAACACAGAAUUCUUUCAGCUGUGAGAUGUUUGAGGGGAUUCCUGCAUGUACAGCCUGUUUCAAGUCACCCCACAGCAUUUCAAUGGGAUUAAGAUCUCGGCUAUUCCAGGACUUUCCAUUUCUUAGGUUUCAGCCAGUCCUUGGUGGAUUUAGUGAGAUGUUUUGGGAGAGUUCAGUUCCACUUCAGCUUUAAUUGUUCCUCAAGCACCCUCUGAUACACUGUAGAAUUCAUGGUGGAUUCUAUGAGCAGACCAGGUUCUGCUGCAGCAAAGCAUCCUCAAACUAGGACGCUUUUACCUUCAUGUUUCACAGUUGGUAUGAAGUUCUUUUCGUGGAAUUCUGCAUUCGGGUUACGCCAAACAUGUCCUUUGUUUCGGUGUCCAAAUGUUUACAUUUUAGACAGAAGUCCUAGACUUGGUCUACGUUCUCUCUGGCAAACAUCAGUCUGGAUUUCAUUGUAGAGGCAUGCACUUUCACAUCAACAGUAGCAAGAGACUUAGCACAUCAUUUGUUCCCCGAACACACCUGUAGGUUAUGUAACAGCUAUUUGUUUAAGAAGGAGAGUAAUGGAGUUAUACAUCAGAUGAUCUGGGCUUCAUCACCUGAUCUAAAUCCAGCCGAGAUGGUUUGAGGUUAACUGGACCCUCAUCUGAGAGAAUGCAAACAGCUGUCAUCAAAGCAGAAAGAUUGCUAAUCAAAUAUUCCAGGAACAACAACAUCAUUUCCACGUCAUAGGCAAGCAACACCGAGGGAAUUAUUUUGAGGACGGACAAUAAAAUGGAGUCGCCCAGUGGGAAAGACACAUGUUUAGAAACUGUUGAGGAUCCCGGUGCAGCUCCAUAUGGGAAUUUUAUUCAUUAUUACACGUUUAAUCCACCAGAGAAUCGUCUGAGUUUGAUCCCUAGCACACUGCUGGAGGAUGUGGGAUUUCAGCCGGACACGGAGGAGGUGCUGAUGCUGGAUGUGGGCUGCAACUCUGGGGACUUAUCUAUUGCACUAUAUAAGCAUGUUCUGCAAGAUCAGCCACCCAGAAAUGAUUCCUCCAAACGGAUUCACCUUCUUGGAUUUGAUUUGGACCGGGACUUAAUCCUCCGAGCUCAAAACUCAAACCCAUUCCCCAAAAACAUUAAAUUCAUUCCCCUUGAUAUCACCAGUGCAGAGAGCCACACUGAACUUACGUCCUACCUGAAGAUGUUUGGACGCAGUCGCUUUGACCUGUGUUCCUGUUUUGCUGUGACCAUGUGGGUUCACCUGAACCACGGGGAUGCUGCCUUGUUAGCUUUCCUCACACGACUCGCCUCAAUCUGCGAAUGCUUGUUAUUGGAGGCACAGCCAUGGAAAUGUUACCGCUCGGCUGCCCGGCGCUUACGGAAACUCGGACGCAGUGACUUCGACCAUUUUAAGACCCUGGAGAUUCGUGGGGAUAUGGCAGCUCAUGCCAAAGAGCAUUUAGAAAAACAGUGUAGAAUGGAGCUGGUUCAGAGUUUCGGGAGUACAUCGUGGGACCGGAGCCUUCUGUUGUUUAAGAGGCGAUGAUGCAGCCACCGAGAGACCCUAAUUCGCCUAAAAACAUUUAGGUCCUAUUGUAACCUCCUAUUGUGUCAUGAAUUAAGACUUUUUAAAUCAUCAUUAGAAUCAUUUUGAAUGAAAAGUUAUUUUUAAAGAAAUAAAGGAUUUGCCUUCACUCAUGUCGAUUGUCUUACAUAAAAACAUCCCAAAACCCAUUUA